AUGGCAAGCUCAACUAACACAAACCCCGUGCCUAAAUUGUAUAGGUCUGUGAUUGAAGAUGUCAUUAAUGAUGUCUGAGAAGUCUUUCUUGAUGCAAGUGUGGAUGAGCAAGUCCUUGUGGAACUUAAAACACUAUGGGAAAACAAAUUACUGCAAUUCAAAGCUGUUGAUGGAUUUCAUUCAGAGGAACAGCAACUUUUACUGCAAGUACAGCAACAAUAGCAGCAGCAGUAGUAUUCCCAUCAUCAUCACCACCCGCAGCCACAGCAAACAGUUCAGCAACAGUCCCAGCAAGUCCUUAUUCCGGCAACACAGCAAACACCUCAGCCUCAAGUUAUUAUGCCAGAUUCCAAACUGAUACAGCACAUGAAUGCAUCAACCAUGAGUGCUGCUGCUACAGCAGCCACUUUGGCUUUGCCUGGUGGAGUUCAGCAGAUACUCACAAGUUCAGGCCAACUCUUACAGGUGGUUAGAACUGCCAGCGGUGUUCAAUAUUUUAUUCAGCCUAAGCAGCAAGUAGUUCUACAGCAGCAGGUUAUACCACAAAUGCAGCCUGGUGGAGUUCAGUCUCCUGUUAUUCAACAAGUUUUGGCUCCAGUUCCUGGAGGGAUCUCGCAACAGACAGGAGUGAUUAUUCAACCUCAGCAGAUCUUAUUUACAGGAAACAAAGCCCAAGUAAUACCUACAACAGUGGCUGCACCUACACCAGCGCAAGCACAGAUUUCUGCAGCUGGUUAGCAACAACUUCAGCAACAACCAGCACAACCACAGGCACCUUUAAUGCUGCAAGUAGAUGGAACGGGUGAUACAUCAUCUGAAGAAGAGGAGGAGGAAGAGGAGGAUUAUGAUGAUGAUGAAGAGGAAGACAAAGAAAAGGAUGGAGGUGAAGAUGGCCAGGUUGAGGAGGAACCUCUCAAUAGUGAAGAUGAUGUUAGUGAUGAAGAAGGACAGGAAUUAUUUGACACUGAGAAUGUUGUAGUGUGCCGGUAUGACAAGAUACAUAGAAGUAAGAAUAAGUGGAAGUUUCACCUCAAAGAUGGAAUCAUGAAUCUUAAUGGCAGAGAUUAUGUAUUUUCCAAAGCCAUUGGAGAUGCAGAAUGGUGAAUACAGAAAAUAAACUCAAAGCUAAGA